ACCCAACAUGGCUGCUGCGGGACAGUAAAUGCUUAGAAGUGGAUUUGUACUCGAGAGAAAACAUCAUUUUAAAAGGAUAUCAACAACGACCUGAAAAUUAUGAAAGAGCUGUACAUGAAUGUUACGAAGAGGAUCCCUGUGCUGCACCUGAGCAACAAUUAAUCCUCCAAGCAAAAACCCCGUAUCCCACAGGUCCCCGCUUCUCUCUGCUGGUCCCUGCAGGUGUGGGCGUGACUCCUGUCACACUGGCAGAGGGGGCGGGGCAGGAGGUGUUGCCAGGUGGGGGACCAAGGCUGCACCUGCCUGCCUUCUCCAUCCACCUCCGUCCAAAUUUGACCCACUUGAUCUGCAGCUCCCGCAGGCAGCGGGCUGAGAGUGAUCCAGCCGAGGGCCUCGAGUGUGCGUCGUCCAGGUUGCCACAUUGCAGAGCAGCACUGACGGGGCUCUGCCAAGUGGCGCUGGCUGGUUGAAGAGCAGAGCAUGUUGAGUGGCUGUGGUUGCCAUGGAGCAGCAGGAUAAGAAGCAGGUGGAGGAUGCUGUGACUCUGGGCCUGUCGACUGGCCAGGCUCUAGUGAAGCUCCGGGACCAGCUCAGCAGCCUGCUGGAGCAACACCAAAGAGGCGCACGCAGACGAGCCUCUGCACAGGAACAGUGGGUGAAUAGCUUUCUUUACCAUGGCAACCGUCACUCCUGUCUCCAUUGGCCAGGAGCAGCCCUCACUCUACUGGCGGUGCUGGGACUCCUCUGUUGCCAUGGCAGCCAACCAGAGGGCAGUUCUGGUAUAGAGCUGAUGAAUGCCGCAGCUCUUCUUCUCCUCUUCCUGCUUAACCUGCUGCUGGUUGGACGUCAGGAGAGGCUGAAGAGGAGUGAGAUGGUCCGUCGCCUCAAUUGCAUCAUCACACAGCUCAGCGACUAUCUGUCAGGGUGUGUGGGUGAAGUCCGGUGGUCUCCAUCUCUAUACCCUGAUCUGUACACACCCACGUCCCCAUCGUGGUCCCUUCACUGGACCUACCGCGACUCCCAGUUGGUUAACCUGCCUGUCAGCCUGCUGGUGGAAGGAGACGUCAUUGCUCUGAGACCUGGCCAAGAGGCGUUUGCAUCCCUGAGAGGCAUUAAGGAUGAUGAGCACAUUGUGUUGGAGCCAGGAGAUUUAUUCCCCCCAUUCUCCCCUCCUCCUUCUCCACGGGCCAAUGAGAAGAGAGGACCCCAGAGCCCCCAGCAACACCGUCUCUUCAGAGUGGUGCGGACCCCCGUGCUGGACAUAGUCAGGAACAGUUUGGAGUUGGCGUUGGCCCGGCCAAUCACAGUGCUGGAUAAUGAGAGGUUCACAGUGCAGUCAGUUAUCACCAAGCUAGUCUGUCCUGUUGUACUGGUGGCGUUCCUGCUAGUGAACACUGUCCGCUAUUUUUGUGAUGCACCCAGCCUCACCCCCGCCUGCUACAAUUUUUUUCAACUUCAGUUGAUGGGUGUUCUGCCCAUCUUGCCCUUGCUCUUCCCUGUCAUGUGGGUGCUGCUGAAUGCCUUCGGAGAGGCCCGGGUCCUCGCUGAGUUCAGCCGAGCAUCACCAGCUGGUCUGCUUGCUAAGUUCUCUGAGGACACUCUAAGCAGCUACACGGAAGUGGUUUCCUCCCAGUCAACACGUCUUGACCGAGCACCUCUGGAUGAGAUGCUGCGUUGUGUGUGGAGACACCUGGUUGGCGUCAUGAAGGGAGAGUCUCCGACACUCUGUUAUACUUCCAGCCUUUUGCACACUCUGGGAUCUGUCACUGUGCUGUGUUGUGUGGACAAGCAGGGUAUCCUGUCGUGGCCUAACCCCAGUCCAGAGACUGUGCUGUUCUUCAGUGGACGGGUGGAGCCUCCUCACAACAGCCAGGAUGAUCUCAGAGAUGACCUGUCCGUUAACUCCUACUGCCGAAUGGAGACAGAUGAUGACAGGGAUGAGGCCCAGGAGGUGGAGGCUCUGCUCUGUCUACCAGCAGAAUCCUCCAUCCAGCAGGGGGAGGGUCCCGAGCCCAGUGAGACAUCACACGACACCGCUCGCUCGUCUGACAAUAUCCGGCUCCUGCGCUCCUGCCAGUCCGCGCACACUCGCACCAAACACCACUCUGGAUCUAACGUGAGCUUCAGCCAUGACACUGAGGGAGGCGAGGACGAGCAGGCCCAGGACUUUGCGAUGGGCUGCCCGGAGGCGGAGGCCGAGGACUUUGUGUGCGACUACCACCUUGAGAUGCUGAGCCUGUCCCAGGACCAGCAGAACCCAGCUAGCAUCCAGUUCGACGACCUCUCCUGGCAGUGCCACCUGCCCUCCCUGAAGCCACUCGGCCUCAACAUCAUGCUGAACCUCUGCAAUGCCAGUGUCACCGAGCGGCUCUGCCGCUUCUCCGACCACCUGUCCAACCUGGCUCUGCAGGAGAGCCACGGCACCGUGCUGCCGGUCUACGUCCCCUGGGGGCUCUGUGAGCUCUCCAGGCUCAUAGGGUUCACUCCUGGUGCCAGGGAGCUGUUUAAACAGGAGAACCACCUGGCUCUGUACCAGCUGCCGUCUGGAGAGAAGACCAAGGAGAUCACCUCCCGUCGUCUUCAUUACUUCACCAAACGCCAGCCUCCCAUCUCCCACCUUAUCUCCCUGUUCGUACGAGACUCCUCCUCCAAUAACGUCCAGAUGCUGUCACAUGGCACGGCCGACCUCAUCCUGGAGGCCUGCACUGACUUCUGGGAUGGAACAGAUAUCUAUCCCCUCUCAGGCUCAGACAGAAAGAAGGUUUUGGAUUUCUACCAGCGUGCCUGUCUGUCAGGCAACUGCUCAGCGUUUGCCUACAAACCCAUGCAAGUAUCAUUGUCCAGCCAACUGAAUGGCAAGUGUGUGGAGCUCGCCCCCGGUCCCUGCCUCUUCUCCGGAGUGGAGCUGCCCUCCACCACCCCCAUCAAACACAACUCCUGCAGGAACAGCUGGAGCUCCGACGAGGGUAUAGGUGAGGGUGUGGAGCGUGAGGACUGUGUUCAGGCCCUCAGCGGGCAGAUCUUCAUGGGCAUGGUAUCAUCCCAGUACCAGGCAAGGCUCGACACAGUCCGGCUCAUUGAUGCUCUGGUCACCGCUUGUAUCCGGUUUGUUUACUUUUCCAUGGAGGAUGAGCUUCGCAGCAAGGUUUUCGCAGAGAAGAUGGGUUUAGAGACAGGCUGGAACUGUCACAUCUCUUUGACUCCAAAUGGAGACAGUCCCUGUGAUGGAGCUCCAUCCAGCCCCAGUCAGGGCUCCCUGCACGAAGACCUGAACCAAGAUUCCCGGGACGAAGCAGAAGGUCCACUGCUGCCGGAGGAGGAAGCCCACUCUGACCUGGCCAGUUUCCAGCCCACAGACAGCGAUGUGCCCAGCUUCCUGGAGGACUGCAACAGGGCCAAGCUACCUCGUGGUAUCCACCAGGUUCGUCCUCAUUUGAAGAACAUUGAUAAUGUGCCUCUGUUGGUGCCACUCUUCACUGACUGCACCCCUGACACCAUGUGUGAGAUGAUGAAGAUCAUGCAGGAGAACAGGGAGGUUACAUGCUGUCUGGGAAGCUCCGCCAAUUUCCGCAACAGCCGUCUGUUCCUACAGAGUGACGUCAGCAUUGCUCUGGACCCUCUGUACCCGUCCCAGUGUUCGUGGGAGACAUUUGGCUACGCCACCGGAGGAGGGUUUAACGGAGACGCCGAAGGUCUUUCUCCUCUGAGGCUCUCCGGACAGCUCAACACUCUGGGCUGUUCUGUCACCUUCCACCAGGGAGAGAGCGUCAGCAUGGUGAAGCUCAUAGAGCAGGCUCGACACACAACCUACGGCAUCCGCAAGUGCUUCCUUUUCCUGCUGCAGUGUCAGCUCAGUCUGGUCAUCAUCCAGUUCUUAGCCUGUCUAGCUCAGCUUCCUCCUCCUAUGAACACCACUGACAUCCUCUGGCUGUCCUGCUUCAGCUGCCCACUGCUAAGUGUGUCACUUUUGGGGAAGCCGCCAGACAGUUCAGUCAUGACAGUUGCCACAGGGAAGAACCUAGAUGCAAUUCCAAGGAAGACGCAGAACUACUUCCUUGGCUGUUUCCUGUUGAAGUUUGGCCUGACGGUGUGUGCCUACCUGUUGGCCUUUGGGUUCACCCUGCAGGAGGUCUGCCUCAGAAGCAGCAACUUCACCUUAGCUGACAACAACACUGCCCCCAGCCUUCAUAUACUCACAGCCAGCUCUUCAGACGACGCGCCUCACUGGUUCGGUGAGCUGUCAAACGGCCUGCUGCUGACUCAGAAGGUCAUGGCAGGUUUCCUCGCCUUACACACAGUGGUGAUCUCCCUCAGCUAUGUCCACCGCUCUCAGCCUCUGUGGAGAAAGAGUCCCUUCAGCAAUACCUGGUGGUGUCUCACUGUACCUGUGGUUCUGCUCAGUCAGGUUGUUCAGGCCACGGUGGAUUACCAGUUAUGGCGUCACCAGGGCAGCCUCCUGACCUUUAACCUGGGCGACAUACCCUUGCUGUCCUGGCUGCUGGUCUCCCUGUCCCCGCUGCUCGUGGUGGUGGUCAACGAAGUCGUGAAGCUACACGAGAUACGGGUACGAGUUCGCUACCAGAAGAGGCAGAAGCUGCAGUUUGAAACGAAGCUGGGGAUGAACUCUCCAUUCUGAUUCUGGCAGUACUGGGAACCAGUCAGUCAGUCCUGGAAACCGAGGAAGGGCAGAGUGCAAACACUGUAGAACCCUCCGUUAACACUUCAGCCCAACAGCGCUGCAACCAUCAAGUGGAGUAGAUAUCAACCAGAUGUCAUGGUGGGGGCUUUAUGACUUAAAUGUUUAAAAUCCUGUGUCUGUUUUCUUAAAACAGUUGAUAUUAUAUCGGUUAUCUGAAGGGCAGGAAAAGGAAAAAUCCAAAGCAUUGAUUUCCAUUGAAUAGACACGAGCCAAAAAUAGGCAACUUUUUAUUGUCUGGUUUUAGCUUAAAAGGCAUGAGGAAUGUUUUCUGAAGAAGUUUAUGCUUUCUCACUAUCACGUCUGUUCUCCAUCUCUGAGAGACUUGUGCAUGGUCGCUCUCAUCACCAGGAAUGCUCCAGUCCCCAGUCCGCUAAACACUGCUUCAAUUUCAAAGGAUGUUUCUGUGAAGUUCAUUUCAGUGUCAUCGAUGAGAAACAAUUGUGUCAUAUCAUUACGCCAGUCCAGCCUUCAUUCAGUUGAACGUAACAUCAGUGUGUCUUCGUUAAAAAGAAUAACACAUAGAAAAGAAAAGGUAGUCUCUAACUAUGGAGUCCAAUAUUAGAUAAAUAAAUAAGUCAUAAUGAAAUAGAUCAUGAUGAAUAAAUAAAUAAGAAAUGAUUAAGUCUGUUUUUCUCUCAUGAUGGCAUUUUCCUGGUAACGCUUACAUUCAUAACAAUGCCACAUUUCAUCACAGUGAUGCUGCCCCCGCCCUCCCACCUUUCAGCCAAUCACAUGCCCCCUCUGUCUAACGCUUUUAUGCUCAACAACUCUUAAAAUCAAAAUAAUUCUGAAUCAGCUGUUUAGCUACGUAGCUAUUCAUCAAAGUACAGUGUUAACGGCAGCAGCUAACGUUAGCUGACUGAGUUACCUCAGCUGCCUUUUGAUUCUCUGAAGAACAAAAGAGGGUCUUUCUUUAUGGUCGCUCAAAUCAACAGGAGAUAGCUAGCAGUGCUAACACGGUCUCUCAACUUAAUUGCUGAUAAACAAUCUGCGCUCAAAAGACAGCUACGUAGGUAGCACUAGCAGCUUUAUUAAGGCUUCAAAGCUAAAAAAUAGCUUAGUUGCUUUGUCAGUGUAUAGUGUGUAUAGCAGCAGCUUCUAGGCGGUUGAUUCAGACUUACUUUGACAUUGUCAUUGUCAAUUAGCUAACAGGAGCUAAUUGACUAAAUUUGGUAGCAGCUGUUGAUCUUAAGAGAGGCCGGGGAUACAUUAAAGGUGAGAGGCUGGUGUCAACAACAUUAUAAAAUAAAAAUGUUAUUGGGGAAAAAAAUGCCAUCAUGGACUUAAAACAAACUUUAGAUUACAUUUUUUGGAACAAUAAUAAUAAUAAUAAUAAUAAUCUCCAAUGAAAAUAAUGAAAUAAUCAAUUCGAUUUUUUUAUUAUUUCACAAAUUCUUGCUUAAUUUCUAUAUUCUACAUAAUGUAUUCAUAUGAUAAUUUACUUCUCCAUGUAUAUUUUAUUUGUUUAAUAUUGACAACUUUUGGGCUCCAUAUGUAACAAAGUGUUUAGUCAUUGCUUGACCUCUACAGAAUAGAGUGGAACACUACCUCGGAAAAAAUGUGACAAAGAAGCUUCUCUGAGCUUUCUCUCUGAACCGUUCUGUUGUUCAGCCUCUGAGCCACAUUUUAAUCUUCACUGUGGUAGCCUGCAAGACAAAGUUCUCUAUUAUUGUACUCUGCAACAAACGUUAUUUGUUGUUACUCAACUCCUGAGCUAAGCCGAGGUCUGACUGUUGGAACACAAUAAGGGAUGAAGAUUAAGGAUUGAAUUGGCUUUUAUACACACGUACUCACUUUUAGAUAUACACUGUAUACACAUUGAUCUAACUGAGGAAUGUGCCGGCAUGCUACUUUGAACCCAUGCAGCUGGCUGUGCUGUGAUCUUAGCAAGUCCGUCUGUAAGCGAUGGAUUUACUGAAUAUAUGAUGUUUAUUCUGGUAUGCUGACACACCAGAGUCUUCUGAAAGGUGCUUCGUAUCAUUCAGUUGCCUUCCUCCUCAGUCUGUCUGCCUGUUUCAGCUCUCAGCACCUCAACAGACAGGAGCUCAGGAUACUGUUUAGUUUCAAGAGUGAAUAGAUAAGUAGAUUUCAAUCAUCAGAUUUGUCAGGAUUACCCCAGAUUUCAUAUUUGAUCUGAUGAACAGCAUAUUUCAGAGAUCAUCUUGAAGUUUCCCCAUUGGCGUGUUGUGUUCUGGCCUUUCAGUUCCGACAGUUAAUGUGCAGCAUCAGCAGCAGACGUCUGUAUUACUGAUGGUCUUUUCCAAUCAGACCAGCUUUCUGUGUGGUGCUGUCAUUAUCUCUGAUGGACAUGAUUAAUAUUGCUACUGCAUAUAACCGUUACUUCAGAAGUAAAUUCAUGCUUUUAUGUCUUUAUACAAAUAUGAAGUGUCAGGAGGUCCCGGGGAAUAAAAGAGCCGUAGGGCCCCGAGUCAACUUCUAAUUUUAUUUUCUAGAAAAUAUAUUAAAUCUCUAUAUUUGUUCUUUUUUUUUUAAAGUUUAUUUAUGUGGGAAUCAAGUCACAUUUAAAUAUUGCAUGUCUUUUCCUCUUUCUUCUGAAAGAAAUAAUUGUGGUAGAGGAUUUUAUCCAUAUCGCCCACCCCCAAUCUAAACAAAUAUGCAGUCAUUAAAAUGGCCACAAACCGAUUGGAACUGGAUCUUGGCUCUUGUCCACUUGUAGUCUUAAUCUAAAGGUGGCAUCAAACAUGGCAUCUGGGGUUUAACUUCAGGGCUGCAGCCACCAUCGAGGACGCUGAGGUGCUGGUCUCAUUUUUCAGGGAAUUUGGAGGCUUUUUCACAGGCUGAUUCCAGACUCAGUAUAUUUAAAUUUGUCUGGUUUCAUGUCCGCAGUAACUAAAUGAAUAAAUAAUUGAACAUUUCCACAGCAGAUUUUUUUUUCUUCAGGUAACGUGGAGGUUUUAAAACCAAAAUCUAAAUGCUCUUUUCAACAUGUAUUUUAUUGACGAAUGCAUGUUAGCAGUUAACUGAAUAGUUAAAAUAGGAAAAAUUCAACUAAUUGCAACAUUUUACAGACUUUUUUUUGUGGUGAGGCUGGGGGGCUUGGACCCUUGACCUCAGUAUCUUUAAUGUCCUGGCUACAGCCCUGUUUAACCUGUACUCGCUUUUUUACUGUAUGUGUGCCUGUUUUAGUUCACAGCUAUAAAUGCUCUUUUAAGUUCCACAUUUGAAAUGGGGCUGUAUGUGAAGAGGUGCGAGCAAAGAAGUGCAAAAGCACAAUGCUGUUCUCUGGUUUGACGGCACUAAAGUUCUCGUGAUCGCUUUCUGGAUGGACAGAAUAAUCACCAUGAAACUACUGAAAAUGGCUUGAAGACAAACAUUACAAUGAAAGAAGACAAUUGGGAUAUUAUUUUUUCGUUGGCCCUGUUUUAUACUUUACUGUUUUCUAGUAUCACGACAAACAUGGACUAUGCUGCAUGAAUAAGAUCCAGUGAAUGCUCUGUCUUGUUCAAUGUACAUGUUAUGUAUAGUUCAACUGUUCACAACACAAACAGACUCGAUCAAGCGUGGACUUCAUACUGCACGUCACCGGGCCUUGGUACGACCUGCAGAGAUGCUGCCGGGCAUUUUGAUGACAUUAUCACACACAUGCUGUCAGCUGACGCCUCUGCCAGGUGAUUUGUUGGGUGGGAGCUGGUGUUGAUGGACUAUGAUAUAGUUGUUCACAAGAUACAUAAAUGUAUAUUUUGUAUUUUUUAAAGCGUCAAUGUUCUGGCCUUUUGACAAAUUUGUUUGUGUAUUGAUUAUGUCAUGUUAAUAAAUAUGCUCUUAUUUAUGA